AUGUUUUCUGUAUUUCGUCGAACUGCAGUUGAAGUAGCCGAAUCCAGCUUAAAAGCUUUGAAUAUGGAUGGCCUUCGAGGCUGGCAAAAGGAAUUGCCAAUGGCAACACUAAAGACAGAGAAGGAUCUCGAGCAAUGGGCCAUUGGCAGCGACAAGGAUAUUGGAGGAUUUUCAGAAGCUAGCCUUGAUAUCACACCUGACAAUACAGCAAGAUUUCACGGCCAUAUUUCGCUCGAUUUACCAGCCAACCAAGAGAUUAAACAAAGUGGAUAUGCUGCUAUUCGAACCAUCCCCAAGGCACAAACUCUGUUUGGUACACCUUGCUGGGAUACCAGCUUAUUUCGCUAUUUAGCGUUGCAUGUCAAGGGCGAUAAACGCAAAUACUUUGUCAAUAUCCAAACCGAUGGAGUGGUAAAGACAGAUUUGUUUCAACAUCGCUUAUUCUUGCGUACACCUGGACAAUGGGAGACUGUGAUGAUUCCAUUCAAAGACUUUAUUUUGACAAACAACGGCAUGAUCCAGGAGGAUCAAAUCGAGAUGUUUAGACAAAAGGUUAAGACUGUUGGUAUCUCAUUGAUGGAUCGUCAAGAAGGACCCUUUAGCAUCGAAAUUGACUGGAUAAAAGCUAUGAACACUGAAUUCACAGAAGGUGAUAUGGAUCGCAUUCCACCCAAAGAAAAGGCUUGA